GACGCGGCCGCCGGCUGUCCUGGCCGGCUGCAAUUGGGCGAGGCGGCGGAUGGCGUAAUAGCCGCGCGCUCCGGCGUCAGACGGUCGCUACCGCGAUUGCGCAGGAGGAGCUGGUUGCCGCUGCGGCCGCCUGGAAUUGUGGGGAUUGUGUCUUCCCCUCGGCUGCGGGAAGCCGAAGGUUCCUAACUAUGGCUCCCCAGAGCCGGCCUCCAUCUAGGAUGGCUCCUCUGGGCAUGCUACUCGGGCUGCUGAUGGCCUUCUGCUUUACCUUCUGCCUCAGUCGUCAAAACCAGAAGGAGUUUGCGCUGAGCAACCCAGAGAAGAGCAGCACCAAAGAAACAGAGAGAACAGAAACCAAAGCAGAGGAGGAGCCAGACACCGAGAUCUUGGAGGUGUUUCACCCGACCCAUGAGUGGCAGGCCCUUGGGCCAGGUCAGGCUGUCCCUGCAGGAUCCCACGUGCGGCUGAAUCUUCAGACUGGGGCAAGAGAGGUGAAACUCCAAUAUGAGGACAACUUCCGAAAUAAUCUGAAGGGGUUGAAAAAAGGCAAAAGGCUGGAUGUCAACACCAACACCUACACAUCUCAGGACCUCAAGAACGCACUGGCAAAAUUCAAGGAGGGAGCAGAGAUGGAGAGUUCAAAGGAAGACAAGGCAAGGCAGGCUGAGGUGAAGCGGCUCUUCCGCCCCAUCGAGGAGCUAAAGAAGGACUUUGAUGAGCUGAAUGUUGUCAUUGAGACUGACAUGCAGAUCAUGGUACGGCUGAUCAACAAGUUCAAUAGUUCCAGCUCCAGCUUGGAAGAGAAGAUUGCUGCACUCUUUGAUCUUGAAUAUUAUGUCCAUCAGAUGGACAACGCGCAGGACCUGCUUUCCUUCGGCGGCCUUCAAGUGGUGAUCAACGGGCUGAACAGCACGGAGCCCCUGCUGAAGGAGUACGCUGCGUUUGUGCUGGGAGCUGCCUUUUCCAGCAACCCGAGGGUCCAGGUGGAGGCCGUCGAAGGCGGAGCCCUGCAGAAGCUGCUGGUCGUCCUGGCCACGGAGCACCCACUCGCCACAAAGAAGAAGGUCCUGUUCGCGCUGUGCUCCCUGCUGCGCCACUUCCCCUACGCGCAGCAGCAGUUCCUGAAGCUGGGCGGGCUGCAGGUCCUGAGGACUCUGGUGCAGGAGAAGGGCACGGAAGUGCUGGCCGUGCGCGUGGUCACCCUGCUCUACGACCUGCUCACUGAGAAGAUGUUUGCCGAGGAGGAGGCCGAGCUGACCCAGGACAUGUCCCCGGAGAAGCUGCAGCAGUAUCGCCAGGUGCACCUCCUGCCAGGCCUGCGGGAACAGGGCUGGUGCGAGAUCACGGCGCACCUCCUGGCACUGCCCGGGCACGAUGCCCGGGAGAAGGUGCUGCAGACCCUGGGUGCCCUCCUGGCCACCUGCCGGGACCACUACUGUCAGGACCCCUCGCUCGGCAGGACGCUGGCCAGCCUGCAGGCGGAGUACCAGGCUCUGGCCAGCCUGGAGCUCCAAGACGGUGAGGACGAGGGCUACUUCCGGGACCUGCUGAGCUCUGUCGAGAGCUUGCUGAAGGAGCUGAGAUGAGGCCACCCCGCACCAGACCGGACUGGGACACAGCUAGUGAGGCCGAGGGGCGCAGCUUGGGUGGGCUCCUCAGGGGACAUCAGGCAGGAGGGCACCAUCUGGGCAGUGUUGACGUGGCCAUUAAAUGGAACAUGAA